CGGGGCAGCCCUUCGAUGAAUACAGGGGUCUUCAGAGUUACUUUUGGCUAACAAAGCAAGCUCCAAAAUGUCGGGAGAGGUGUAUCUCCUGUGGCUUCUCUCGCUUUUACAAACGCUGUCGGCGUACGGCGCCGAGGUGUCGUCCGAGGUGUGCAGGGAGCUGGGCUUCUCCAGCAACCUGCUGUGCAGCUCCUGUGACCUGCUUGGGGAGUUCAGCCUCACCAAGCUCCAGCCCGACUGCAGGAAGUGCUGCCAACAGGAGGCCCAGAUGGAAGCGCGCAAGCUGUAUGCCGGGGCCAUCCUCGAGGUGUGUGGAUGAAAAUUGGGGAGGUUCCCCCAAGUCCAAGCUUUUGUCAGGAGCGAAAAGCCGAAGAUGUUCAAGGGUCUUCAGAUUAAGUACGUGAGAGGCUCAGAUCCUGUGCUAAAGCUUUUGGACGAUAACGGGAACAUUGCUGAAGAACUCAGCAUCCUCAAGUGGAACACAGACAGUGUGGAGGAGUUCCUGAGUGAGAAAUUAGACCGGAUAUAAACAGGAGAAUCCAACUUUGUUUUUGUUUUUAGUCUUAGGGUCUGUUCACACAAAUUACAAUCCCUCCAGUGGUAUCUAGCCAAGCAGGCAUUUUCUGGUUUAUGUGCCAUGAUCGAGAGAUGUCUGUCUCUGAGGUUUCUGCAUCCACCACUUCAGUACAGGUUUGUUUGUGCUGCUCACAACAUUGAAAAACGUCAUUUACAAUAUUCAACAUCAACUUGACUUUCUAGAAAUCGUGUCCUGGUUAUUGUAGAUCAAUCAUCCAUUUCUGCCAAGAUUUGUAGCUGCAAAUUUCAUUUUAUAACACCACAAGCAAAAAUACCCCCGCCUCCAUUGUAUUUAGGUUGCGGCAGAAAUCACAAGAGACGGAAUCUUUUAAAAUCUGAACACGUGAAACCAAAACUCUCUGCAUGGUUAGAGACUAGUCGGGGAAAAUGCGAAAAUGUUUUUUUGUAGUUUGAGUGAAUUGAAACUUUAGUUAUUUACCAAUUUGUACACAACUCGGCCUUGAUAGAUGGUUGUUAAGUCACUGCUCUAUAUGACUGUUUUUGUACCUGAAAAUCAUAAAUUUCUUGUGUGGAUUUUACCAAAUAAGUUAAGUGAGAGUGUGAACAGACAUAAUCACAGACGGGCAAGCACAUCCGAAAUCUCAGAUGGCUCAAAGUGGGCCCAUUAGCUUUGAAAAACAAUGCUCAUCAAGACCCAUGUUGUUGUCUAACCUGUUCAAAUUUCUGUUUCCCUUCUGUCUGUCUGAUAUUGUAUAAUUGUUUUGGUUUUUUUUUAUAACGCUCAACAUUGUGACUGAUGGGAUUUGUAUUAAGAUUGAAUCCUAGUGGCUCUCCAAAUGCAGAUGUCUUUGCUGAAGCACACAUUAGUGAAGACCUCACAGUAAACCAGUGCUGGGAUGUGAGCUCUGAUGUAUAUUUGUGUUUCUUUGCACCUUCUGCUCUGAAGAGAAACUGGAUUUCUUUUGGAUGCUUGUUUUUGAGCGAGUGAGGUGACUGUUUAAAUAUGCAACAAUAAACAAAGUCUCUGAUGGUU